CCAGCAGCUCUUCAGCAGCAGGCAUCAGCAAACAGCAACAUCAACUCAGCAACUCAGCAGAAAUAAAGACAGCAGCAGUCCAGCAACUCUGCAUAAGCAGCUUAGCAACAGCUGCCCAGCAAUCAAUGCAAAAGCAGCACCGGGCAUGAAGCAACCAAGGACUGUCUUUUCUCAGCUCAGCUCACAGCAUCAGCUACAUCAUUAA